AUGUCGAGUUCCUCCAGAUCACCACUUCACCCUUCCUCAGUAUCACCUCUCAAGAGAAAAGCCAUGUCUGUUACUCAAACAUACUACCUGGCCCAUACCGCUCGGGGCAAGCUUUCAUCUGAAGCUGCCCGCGCUGAUCAUAACCUCCGCCUUCUCGUCGGCCAUGCCAACCUUCUCGACUCCCUCAUGAUUGACCUGGCAGAGGCAGAGCAAGAGCAAGAGAGCUGGUUCAACCAAUCCGUCAACAAGGCACAAAAGACCUCGACUUCGCAAGAACAAAAACAUAUUCAAUGGGCAGACACGAUUGUCGAGGACCCCGAGGAGGAUUGGCAAGCCGAGGACGCCGAUUCCAGUGAUAGCGAUUCGGAAUAUGAUUCUGAUGAAGACAUUGAAAUGCCAACUCUCCACCGCGUACACUCACACACCAUAACUGCCUCCGUACAAGAACUCGAAGAAGAAGAGGAAGACGAGGAAGAAGAUUAUGCAUCCCUACAACUCCACCUCACAACCUCGCACUCAGCCUCGCCCCCAGAACUCGAUCACGACUCCGACGAUUCUUCUUCAGACGACGAAUCCAUGCCUCCCUCACCUCCCUCAACCACCAUGCCCACAUUCUCAGAAAAGCAACGCCAGCAAAUCGCAACUACAUCUUACUACGCGUCGGAAGCUGGAGCAGUGCCUGAGAGUCAACAAAAGGCGUUUUUCGAAGAGGGCUUUUACCUGCCUCAGAGGAAUACGACGCCGGGGCUCGUGAACGCCAUUUCGGCAUACUGA